GGGGAAGGAAGGAAGGAAGAUAGAGGAUGAAAUAAUAAUAAUAAUAAAAAGAUCCAGACGCGCCGGCAGCACGGAGAGGGUCCCCAUCAGCCGGAUCAAGACUCUGUGUGUGCGUGUGGAUUAAAACCUUUGGGAAGAAGGAGGAAAACACCAAACCCCGCAUCAGGACGACCUGGGCUUUCAAAAGGGAUACAACACUCUGGAUGCGCUUAUUCUUCUCUUUUGUGACAGAUGCUUAAAUCGAUUCCGACGGCCGAAUCUUAGGGUCGGUGGUGGUUUUUUUUUUUUUAUUUUUCCUUUGUUAUUAUUUUUUAUUUUUAUCUCCACCGUUUGGGCUCGCUGUUUUCUUUUUAAUUCCUUCGUUCUGCCCCGAGUCGCAUCCCUGCCGGCCCCCACCCUUCCCAAGCUGGCGGCUUGAUGGGAGCCGCGGCCCCGGGGAGGCCGAGGAUCCCCCGCGGCUCCAGGCGCGCUCCGCAGCCACGCAGGGCUGCGCAGCGCCGUCCAGCCCAGCCCGCCUCCCCCCGCGCGAUGCGCCGUGGCGCCGCACUCUAGGCGGCAUUUUCGCCCUCUCUCCUUUUUUCUCCGGGGGGCGAAGCGAGACAGAGAGGCGGCUCCCCCCUCGCCAGGUUCCCUCGCUCUUCCUCCGCUUUUUGCCCCCUUUUCCUCGCACCCUUCGCGGCGGGCGGCGGAGGAAGCCAGCGCGGAGCCUGGCGCAUGCCACAGCCCUCCUCGGCCCCGCCGCCGCCACCGCUUUCCCCCCGCCGCGACCCGGCUGCCGGCCCCUUCAUGCGCGGCGGCCGACAUGCCCGUUUUGUAGCCGGAGCCCCCUCCUCUCGUCCCGCAUGUUCAGGACCAAACGCUCGCUGCUCGUCCGGCGGCUCUGGCGGAGCCGUGCCCCCGGCGGCGAGGAGGAGGCGGGCGAGCCCGGCUGGGCGGCCGAGGGCCGGGCGCAUGCCGGCGGCGGGGGGCGCGGGUGCUGCCCCGGCAAGGCGGGCAGGGGCGGCCGGGCGGCCGCGGAGGCAGAAUUGAAGGCGCUGACCCACGCCGUGCUGAAGCGGCUGAAGGAGAGGCAGCUGGAGGGGCUGCUGCACGCCGUGGAGUCCCGCGGAGGGGCGCGCACCCCCUGCCUGCUGCUGCCCGCCAAGGGUGACUCGCGGCUGGGCCAGCACUGGUACCCGCUGCCCGUGCUGCUCUGCAAGGUGUUCCGCUGGCCCGACCUCCGGCACUGCUCCGAAGUCAAGAGGUUGUGCUGCUGCGAGUCGUACGGCAAGGCGCACCCCGAGCUCGUCUGCUGCAACCCGCACCACCUCAGCCGGCUCUGCGAGCUAGAGUCUCCCCCUCCACCGUACUCCAGAUAUUCAAUGGAUUUUCUCAAACCAACGGCAGAUUGUCCAGACUCUGUGCCUUCCUCCACUGAAACAGGGGGAACUAAUUGUCUAGCCCCUGGGGGGCUUUCAGAUUCCCAAGUUCUUCAGGAGCCAGGGGAUCGGUCACAUUGGUGCGUGGUGGCAUACUGGGAAGAGAAAACGCGCGUGGGUCGGCUGUACUCUGUUCAAGAGCCCUCCCUGGAUAUCUUCUAUGAUCUACCUCAGGGGAAUGGUUUCUGCCUCGGACAGCUCAACUCGGACAACAAAAGCCAGCUGGUGCAGAAGGUCCGCAGCAAGAUUGGGUAUGGCAUCCAGCUCACUAAAGAAGUGGAUGGCGUGUGGGUGUACAACCGUAGCAGUUACCCCAUCUUCAUCAAGUCGGCCACACUGGACAACCCCGACUCCAGGACGUUGCUGGUGCACAAAGUGUUUCCAGGUUUUUCCAUCAAGGCUUUUGACUAUGAGAAGGCAUACAGUUUGCGGAGGCCGAAUGACCAUGAGUUCAUGCAGCAACCAUGGACCGGAUUUACUGUUCAGAUCAGCUUUGUAAAAGGCUGGGGCCAGUGCUACACGAGACAGUUUAUCAGCAGUUGCCCGUGCUGGUUGGAGGUUAUUUUUAAUAACCGAUGACUCGAGACAGAGUGGACUCAUGACAUUUAUAUUACUUUGCUGCUAUUAUUUCCUUCUGAGUGCUUGCUUUUCAUGCAAACUUUUUGUUUUGUUUUGUUUUUUCCUGUUUUGAGAAAUAGCUUAUGGAAAGAUUUUUGCCUUGGUAUUUUGAUAAAUAUAUAUAUAUAUUUUUAAAGUGUGAAUGACCAAUAACUCAGAAGGGCAAAAGAAGGGUGCAGGGGGUGGGGGCAGAUCUCAUACGAUAAUUGUUUCCCACCUCUGAAAGGAUUAUCCUAUGCGAUUGAGGAUCGGGAAGCCGCUUGCUAUUUGUUAUGGCUCCUUCUCUUGGAUAACACGACAGGAGACCCCUAUUUUUCAUGCACCACCUUCCCCUUGCCUCUGGCCGUCCCCAGUGGUGGUAACACCCAGCUGAGACCCCUUCCCCAGCGAUGCUAACCCCACCUAGCCGCAACCAAAUGAUGGUGCAAAACCUUCCCAGCCAAGUCUUUACCCACCCUUGUCGAUUUUUUGUUGUCGUUGUUGGUCUGGCAUCUCGUCCCUGUGUUCAUCUUGUCCACCACAAGAACAUGGGUGUUGGGGGAAGUCUGCCCAUCCUUCCAUUGCUUUUUUUAUUGUCAUGGAUUGAUGCAAGGGGAGAAAACAACCAUGAAGAAACCGUGCAUGGCACAUGCUUUACAAUUUGAGCUGAGAUGCGAAGUGACAGAAGCAUAAGCUUAAAAAAAGAAGCAAAGCAAACAAACAACAACAACAACAAAAACAAAACAAAACAAAAAAACAAAUGGGGAAAAAAAAGUGUUCACAAUAGUUGGUCUGUUAUAACCUGCUUAGAUUAGGUUAUCCCGGUACCAUCGUAUCUGGAAAUGCAGUUGUGCUUUCAUUUCUUCUUGAAUUCAUACACAAGUAUGAUACUUUUACACUGUUCUUAGCUCAAUGAGCAUGUUUAGACCUUAACAUAAGCUAUUUUUCUAAAUAUAAAGGUUUAAAUGAACAAGAGAGCAUUCUCAUUGGAACUUUAGCAUUGUAGUGCUUUGGAAAUAAAACAAAAAAAAGACUCCUUAAAAAAACCCUGAGAUUUAUUGAAGAAAAAAAUGUAUUUUAUGUUAUAUAUAAAUAUAUUAUUACUUGUAAAUAUAAAGACGUUUUAUAAGCAUCAUUAUUUAUGUAUUGUGCAAUGUGUAUAAACGAGAAAAAUAAGAUGCACUUUGCUUUAAUAUAAAUGCAAAUAACAAAUGCCAAAUUAAAAAAAACAAAAACAAACAAACAAACAACAACAACAGCAACAAACACGAGAUUGGUGUUUUUUUCUAUGGGUGUUAUCAUCCAGAUGAAUGUUUUUUCUAAAGGAGUUUAUGUUCCAUUGAAAAAUAAAAGCGUACACUUGA